GAUAUGAAUUUUAAUUCAUUCAUAAUGCCUCGAAGGCACCCAAUAUGAAGUAUUAUGAAUACUUUAGAUGCGAUAUGGAUGAGGUAGUAAAGAAAAAAGGCGGCGGUGGUUUUUGCAAAAUAUGUAGCCUGUCUCCGGAUGUUCAGGAAUUCGUUGGAGCACCAGAGAUGGCUAGGACUGAGGUUGUUAAGCAAUUAUGGGCCUAUAUUAGGGAGAAAAAUUUGCAAGACCCAAACAAUUGGCGGAAUAUCAUUUGUGAUGAACCACUGCGUGCUCUUUUUGGUGUCAAUUCCAUCAAUAUGUUCCAAAUGAAUAAAGUUUUGGCAAAGCAUAUCUGGCCAAUGGAUUCUGAUGAUGUUGUCCAGGUGAAGAAGUCAGUACCAAAGGAAAAGAAGAACAAGCAAGAGAGAGAAGAUGAUUGUAUGGUUAAUUAA